AUGGAACAGAAGAUAGGUGAUGAAGAAAUUCAAUCUGAAAGAAUUGGAUAUAUUCCUGAUCCAUUAUCCGAUCCAAUAGAACGUACUACUACAGAUAGUAUUCCUAUUAGUGCCAGUGGUGUUCUCGAUGUCAACGGCUCAUCAGUGUCUUCAGAUGAAAUUACUGAUUAUCUUUUGCACAAAAUUAAAAAUGACGGAACAAAGGAACAGAUGGACACUGAAAGUGUUUAUUUGAUUCCUCAUUCUUCGAAGCCUGUUAACGAAUAUUUUAAUCCAAAACUAUUCGUAGGUCUGUGUCCAACUUUAUUCUGUUAUGGACAUGGAGCACCUGAAGAUCAAUCGCGUCCAGUCAAAGUAAAUUUACGAGAACACAUGCGUUAUCUGUUAUCGUACAAUGAUCGACGUUUUGAAACAAACCAUAGUUUUAUAUUUGUCGUCUUCAAUCUAUUACAACGACGUGAUGCUUGUUUUCAUGUUCAGCUGAUCGCAACAAAACCUUACUUUCGAGUAUCUGCUGAUGAAAUUCAAUCCUUGAAAAGUAAAGAUAUUGAAAUAGCGCUUGAUUACAUUUCCAAAAAAACAUACAGUUCGGAAUCCAGCAGUGCAUUAAAUAAAUUAUUACAUCAUAUUAAAACCAUCGGUGGUCGAGUUAUGGUUUUAGCAUAUUCACGUACGGUAUUACAUACACGUAUUCAUGCAUUAAUCUACAAUCAGGGACUACCAAGCAUUUUUUUAACUUUAAAUCCAGCUGAUAUUCACAGUCCCGUGGCAUUAUAUUUUGCUGACAUCAAGCUUGAUUUGGACAAUAUUCAAAUGGAACAACUUAUGGAUAAUUACAAAAGAGCUGAAAUUAUAGCAUCUCAUCCUGUUGCUACUGCCAAAUAUUUCCAUUUAUUGAUCAGUAAUAUCUUAGAUACUAUGAUUGUUGG